GACCCCCCAAGGCUUAAUGAUGAGCGGGGUUAGUCCUCCAGGGAACCUCCUGGUGUUGCUUCUGGCAUUCAGCACUUGCAAUGCUGCACCACUGAAGCCUUGCAGAAACCCCAGUUAUGUGCUAACUGGAAGCUUAGACCCCAUGUCAGCAUUUCCAAUAUGUGAUGGUUCUCCAGGGUUUGCCGAGAUUACCAGCUUCACCUCAGGUUCUUCUGGACAAGGAGGUUCCUUUGCAAUGUCAAGUGGAUCAAGUGGAGGAUCAUCCUCUGGUUCUAUGAGUAGCGGAUCUAGUGGGGGCCAGUCCUUUGGAUCUUCCUCUGGACAGGGUGUUGCAUUUGGUGCUGGUUCUGGUUCAUCAGGGGUAGCUUCAGGAGCUGUUAAUCCUUGGCUGGGAGCUGGUGGUGGAGGAGGAGGAGGAGGAGGAGGAGGUGGAGGAGGAGGUGGAGGAGGUGGCUCUGCAGUGAUAUAUUCAGGUUCAAGCUCUUCCAUAAUACGAGAAAGUUCCAUCAGUUCUGGUUCAUCUGGGGGUGGUGGUGGAGGUGGAAGCGCUAUUAUCUGGGGAAAUCAACCUGGAGGAGGUGGAGGCUCACAAGGCUAUGGAAGUUCAUCUUCUGGAGGAACAGGAGGUUCCCAAGGCUGGGGAAGUUCAUCUUCUGGAGGAACAGGAGGUUCCCAAGGCUGGGGAAGUUCUUCUUCUGGAGGAACAGGAGGUUCCCAAGGCUGGGGAAGUCAAUUAUCUGGAGGAGGAGGUGGGGGCUCUCAAGGCUUUGGAAGUUCAUCUUCUGGAGGAGCAGGAGGUUCCCAAGGCUGGGGAAGUUCUUCUUCUGGAGGAACAGGAGGUUCCCAAGGCUGGGGAAGUCAAUUAUCUGGAGGAGGAGGUGGGGGCUCUCAAGGCUGGGGAAGUUCAUCUUCUGGAGGAACAGGAGGUUCUGGAGGAGUAGUCAGCGGAGGAGGUGGAGGUUCUAUCAUUCGGGGAGGUUCCUCUUCUGGAGGGGCUGGUGGAGCUGGAGGAAGUAACUGGGGAGGUGGAUCAUUCACUGGUGGUGGAGGAGGAGGAGGCAGUGCAGGAUCAAGUGGCUCUGGCUCAGUUAUCUUUGGAGCACAAUUUAUCCCACCAGUUCGUGGUGGUGGAGGUGGAGGAGGAGGAGGACAGAUAUCUCAACAAGGUUCUGUAAUUUUUGGAGCUGGAUCUUCGCCUCCAGUUAGACUGCCAGGGGGAAUAAACCUGGAUGAUAUUCCUGUGUCUCCUGGAUGCAGAAACAGACCAGGAGGUUCUGGAUCAGUAAUAUUUGGUGCUAGCAACAAUCAGCCGGAUAGAGGAGGAGGAGGAACUGGUGUUGGUGGAGGUUCCUCUCAAAUUUCCCAGUCCCAAGGCCAAGGCUCAAUCAUUUUUGGAGCUGGCAAUAAUCAACCAAUAAGAGGAGGAGGGACCGGAGGAGUUAGUGGAGGCUCCUCAUAUGACCAACAGUCCCAAGGACAAGGCUCCAUCAUCUUUGGAGCAGGCAACAACCAACCAAUAAGAGGAGGAGGUGGUGGUGGUAGCUCUGGUGGUGGCACUGGAGGUUCAAUGCAAAGUCAAGGACAAGGCUCUGUCAUCUUCGGAGCAGGCAACAACCAACCAAUAAGAGGCGGAGGUAGCUCUGGUGGUGGCACUGGAGGUUCUGGUUCUUCACAGACUGGUCUAAAAAUUCCGCAGUCUGGACGAUAAAAAUCUUAAAACGGUCAGCAGGAAACCUGACGACUAUUUCCAAUCCCAAAAAAACACUAAUCAGACGUGAUUAGACGUCAUAAGUGAUUUGGAAAAAAAAUGAAAAGCGAAAAAAAUUGUAUAGAUUUAUUUUUGUACCAAACAAGCCCUUUUUCAUUGUUCCCUGACCCAAUAGAAUGUAUAUAACAGACACACGAUAGUGUAUAAAUUGUUUGCCAUGUGCCUCGAUAGCCUUAUGAGUUCUUAAAGAUCUUGAAAAAAAGGUAACAAGAGUGGAAUAUGUUGUAUAUUGGUCAACUUUUUUUUUUUCACCGUCUUUUUUUUCUGUAAUUAGGUUGUGAAUGUUUGUAAUCUGUUUUUUAACACCAUAUAUUAUGGAAAUAAAAACAAUAAAAUGGCUGAGAAAGGGUUAAA